AUGUCAAUUCCCACACCGCAACUACGAACGCACGUUGAUAUUAUCCGCCAGGACCAAUGGAAGAAAAAAAAGCAAACCAAGGAGCAAGCGGCUGCCGCAAGAAGAGCGAAGCUAGACCCCGACUCCGCCAAAACCGCCAAAGACGUGAUGGAUGAACGUGCGCGAAAGAGAAAAUUGGAGGAGCUGGAAGAGCUUCAUGGUUCCGAUGUGGAAGGAGUGGAGAAGGAGCUACCCAAGGAAGGCUUGAAGCUUGCACAGGACAAGAAGGCCAAGAAGCAAAAGAUUUCGAACGAUACGGAAUCGGCACUUUCUGCAGAGAAAUCCAAGGCCGAACGGAAGGCAGCCAAGGCUGACAAGAGCAAGCUCAAAGCUGAGAAGCAGGCCGAGAAGCGGAAAGAAAAGAAGCUGAAUGUCAAGAAGAAAGAGCUUACAGCGAAUUCUGGUGUGAAGACUGGCAAGGUACCACAGGAACUCAAGGACCCGAAGCCUCAAAAAGACACGGCCACCGCUAAAAUGGUUGAAUCCUUAGUGGAGGAAGAUUCUGAGGUAGAGGUCGAGGUCGAGGACAAAGCUAUGGGUAAAGGCGGAGCUGAAGAGAGCCCGGUGGUGGAGGAGGAAGCAGAGGAACACGAAGAAAUCCCCGGCGACAAAAUGGUAAAUUUCGAUGCCGACGGCCUUGACGAGCAGUCCGGUUCCGCAACAUCUACCUCUUCACCUCUCUCUGCAACCUUCGACAACCCCACAGAACCAAGCGCAAACACAUCUACAUCCUCAGUCAUCCCUCCUGCCACAGCACCCAAACAUAUUAAGCUCCCUACCGAUCCGGAACUCCUGCGCUCGCGGCUCGCAGCACGGAUAGAAGCCCUUCGUGCAGCACGGAAAGCCGACGGUCCCGAUGGACGCCCAGCGCGGAAUCGCCAGGAACUUCUCGAGGCGCGGCGAAAGAAGGAGGAGCAGAGGAAAGCGCACAAGAAGGAGCUGCGCAUGAAGGCCAAGAUCGAGGAGGAUGCAAAGCGAGAAGCUGCUCUGGCGUCUGCUCGAGAUUCUCCCGCGUCAAGCAUGAUGAGCCCCUUGAUCCACUCUCCCGAGCAAAACUUUUCGUUUGGCCGAGUCGCUUUCGCGGACGGACAAGAGCUCUCUGAGGAUCUCACGCAGCUGAAGAACGCGCCUAAGAAGCGGGGACCGCAGGAUGCUGCCAGUGCGCUGAAAGCCGCCGAGAAGAAUCGGGCGCGCAUCGCUGGGCUCGACGACGAGAAGCGCGCUGAUAUCGAGGAGAAGGACCUGUGGUUGAACGCCAAGAAGCGGGCUCACGGCGAGAAGGUCCGCGACGACACGUCCCUGCUGAAGAAGACGCUGAAGCGUAAGGAGAAAUCGAAGAAGAAGAGCGAGAAGGAGUGGACGGAGCGGAAGGAGGGCGUGGCAAAGAGCCAAGCGAUGAGGCAGAAGAAGCGGGAGGAAAAUCUGCAGAAGAGGCGUGAUGGGAAGGGCGCCAAGGGGAAAGGGAAGGGUAAAUCUGUCAAGGGGAAGAAACCAAAAGUCAAAAGCAGACCGGGCUUCGAGGGGGGUUCGAGAUGA